GAUCAAAAUGUCAAUCUAUAGGAAACGUAUUCGGUGAGCUUCCGUUCGUCGUUCGUUUUCAACAGGCAAAUAAAGAUGGAUUCUAUCGAGUUACUGAAUGAUACAAUGAAGAGACUUGCUGCUAAAGAAGACAGUGAGAUAACAGCUGAAGGAUGGCUCAUCAAAGCAGUAUCUGUUGGGGAAACUUUCUUGAAAGACCUUCUUUGUGCUAACAAACAUAACAAGAGGAUAGCCUUGCUACAGAAAAACAAUAGACAAAAUGAUACCUCACAUCAAAAUGGUGACAUAUCUUUAGAGUCUGAUUUGGAUGAAUCUAAGGAAGAAAGCAAGGAUGUCAGUUCAUGUAGCUUACUGAAUGGAGAGGAUAAAGACAGUCAUCUCUUGCCAGUGGAAGAUGCAAGGAACAUUCUGACGAUGUACACCAUGCUGCAUAGUCCCCUGGUACAGACCAACAACCAAGUAGACCCAGAGUCUCUCCUUCCACUAUGGAUCCUGUGUGAUGGCAAGGAUCCAGAAAGAACCAGUUUAAUCGGCUGUGAACUGGCCCAUACCGGUUCAGGUCAGGAGUCAGACAGCAGUCCAUUCAUCCUCACCACAGUCACAUCUGAUGAUCCCAUUUCUAGCAAGGCAGAUGUUCCAACUUUGCAGCAGGUUAUUUUAGAGGCUCAUGAAGACUUAGCAUCUAAGUACAUAGCAAGUCAAGGCUUUGCUCAGUUUGAAGUGGUCAGCCAGCUUAGUGCAGAUACCACAUUAGCUGAGACUCAGAGUAGUGAUUCCUCCUACAUAGCAGUAGAGUGUACAUGGAACCAAGUCAAGAAGAUACUGGAGAGCCCACGGGAUGCUAGCUGUAAAGUGCUGAUACGUGCUGUGCCAGGUGACAUGAGAAACACCCCUUUAGAAGUCUACAAAGAACUAUGCUUAUUAAAGACAUUUGCUGACAGCUUAGAAACAGGAGAAGUGAACUGGAUAACACGAGAGAAGACGAGCUCAAUUCAAGAUCUUGUAACAACCUUCUUGGAUGAGAUCAAAGGUGGACCCAUUUAUAAGAGAAAGACUGGAGACGACGCUGAUGAUUUGGAUGCCCAGCUUUGUUGGAAGGCAGCGUUUGAUAGAAGCGAUUUAGACUUCACUGAACGGCUCUGGAAUAUCCUCCGGAAUAAUGCAACAUGUUAUGAAGAUAUCACUACAGCCUUCAGCAUGGUGAUCAAUGAACUUAACAGAGGACAGAUACAGCCAAUGGUUCACAGAAGUAAUCAGACUACAUUAGCCCAAGAGCUCCGGAUGUUGUACGAAGACCCAGCCCAUAUGUUCAGUCUAAAUCAUUCUCCAAUGACUCACCUUGUGGAGAUAGCCAUUGAUAAGAUUCAGAGAGACUAUACAAACUUCUUCUUAGCCAAGAAGUUGACCACCCUGUAUUCCCUGGAAUGGUUCGUCCAAUCAGUUGACCUCUUGACCCCGGGUGAGCUGGUCAAGAGGUUACGGAGUCUACAUUGUAUCUUGGAGGUUUCCAUGCUAGCAUCUCAAUCCUUGGGUCUUCCUACCAACAAUAUACUCACACUCAUCAGGAAUGCCCUGGACUACUAUCGGAAUAACUCUCCUGAUGUUCAGCAUACAUUUGUACUUCCUGUGGAGCAGACCAGUGUUGUCAGCUUGUACCAAAAUCAGCAGCCGAGUGUAUGGAGGUUGACUACACAGUGUGGAUGUAGGGGUGAUAAGACCAGCUCGGUCUAUCAGCUCAGCUCAAGACCGUUCAUUGACAGUGUCAUCCAAACAACAGAUAUGGCCAUAGAUGAUGAAGGUGAAGAACAGGAGCCAUUCCACUACUUUGUGACACGGGUGAAAAGAGACUUGGAGCCAUUUGUGCCUGUCAACAGUUUUGAGACCAUCCAAAAUGGAAAUAUGUGAGAAGAUAUUGUUUGCUCAUAGAGCUCUUUCAUCAAGUCUUCCUAAGUCGUUCUGGAACUCAAAAAUUCUCUCAUAUUUUGAAGAAGGGCGCUAAUGAGUUGCGCUGUUGUCCUAAAAGCAGACGCGCGCUAUUGCGCUAAACGCAGACAUGCACUAUUGCAUUAAGCAGAAGGUCGUAAGCAUUUAAAUGCCUGUAACUUAAAAAAUACCUGCUUAUUUGAUACACAGCUACUCAAAUCGUGUCGUCACAAAUUUACUAUCGACUUUUUAUUAGUUGAUGAAGGGAGAAAUUCCUGUCAUAUGACAUGUAUGGAGUAAUCAAAAUAUUAGAAGUGAAUGAUCAGGAAUACAUGACCUUGUGCCUGCAGCACGAUGAGUCGUAUGCUGAGACAUUGUAGUCAGCUAGAGAGGAGCUUCAUUUUUACUUGGCGUUGACUGAUGAGGGAAUGACCAUGAGAACCCCCUUUCAGAUUAUUUUGAAUGAUGUCAUCAAGGAAUUUGAAGGAGAACUUCAAACUAGGCAUCCUUUUUUACAACUUUAAUUUGGGUGAGCAAUGAAAUAAAAAUGGGUUCAUAUAUAGCUACAGAAUUGCCAAUAUGUGUUUGAUUGAUUGCAACUUCAAAAAAUCACAACUUUCUUAUUUUCAAUCAGAUUUUGCCCAAACUUUCACUGAUCUGUCCAUCUCAUUUUUCUGCUUCUAUUAAAACAAACUUAAUAUCAGGGUGGACUUUCCCUUUAAAUACAGAGCCUAUGCACUUAUGCAGUAUGAUGUCAGGCUAGUCUCAAAGUGCAGGCACUACUAUGUAGAAAGGAAGAACAAAGGAUUGUGCCUGCAAACUACAAAAAUAGCUUGGGAAAGGUAAAGUAAUAGAAUUAUAUGGUUCUGCUAUAGGUUAUAUAUUAUGUGUAACAUUAAAUGUUAUAGUCACAAUUGUAUAUGUAAGCUCUCAUUGCUUUUGUAUUUACUGUACAUGACAUUUUAUUUGAAAAAAUCAGGAGUACCAAUCACCAAAACACGUUCUGUUCUCGAUGCUAUAGUGUAGUCUACUAUGAGCUUCAAAUAUUUCUUCUACAUAGAGACUUCUAGUGAACUGUAAAACACCUUUUAUGUUUUUUGUGUUUUCCUUUAUUUACUUCAUGCUCCUUAACUGUUUACCAGUAGAAUGCCAGGUAUAGUUUUUUAGCUUGAUUUUAUACAUUCUACCUAUACACAAAUGAUUUUUCAGGUAAUUGGUAGCCUACACUUUAAGAUUGGCUUCCUAAUAUGACUUAAUUAAAAUUCCUGAAGAAGUUCAGCCAAGGCAGUACAUAAGUAAAACCAUUUGA